AGAUGGCGCUGCUCUAUGAGGUCAUCGCGGCUGCUGUUCUAUGUCGUUGCCACUAGAGCGCGCGUAAUCUCCAUUCCCGAAGCUGAACGUUGCUUUCCCACAUCCGAGAUGGAUGUGAGACUGCUCCUGAUUUCACUUCUUCUUGGACUAAGUAGGGCACAACUAGAUGGUAACGAAUGCACCAAGGCCUCGGCCCAGUCCUGUGGAGAAUGCAUUCAGGCCGGAGAAAAGUGUGGCUGGUGUAUAGACAAGGACUUCCUGAAACAGGGUGAGCAGAAGUCCACACGCUGUGAUGAGAUUGAAGCUCUGAUUAAGAAGGGCUGCUCUGAAGCCAGCAUAGAAAAUCCUCGGGGAACUGUUAGUGUCAACAAGAACCAAUCUUUAACAGACCGCACAAAGGAUGGAGUUAAACUGAAGCCAGACCAGAUCACCCAGAUUCAACCACAGAAACUCACCCUAAACCUCAGAUCAGGUGAAGCUCAGACGUUUAAUCUGAUAUUCAAGAGGGCUGAGGAUUAUCCUAUAGAUCUCUACUACCUGAUGGACCUCAGCUACUCAAUGAAAGAUGAUUUAGAGAAUGUCAAAAACCUGGGAACUGACCUUAUGGCUGAAAUGCAAAAGAUCACAUCUGACUUCAGGAUUGGCUUUGGCUCCUUUGUGGAGAAAACUGUCAUGCCGUAUAUCAGCACAACACCAGCCAAACUGCUAAACCCCUGCACAUCAGACCAGAACUGCACCAGCCCGUUCAGCUAUAAAAAUGUGCUGAGUUUGACUUCACAAGGAUCUCAGUUUAAUAACCUUGUUAGCAAGCAGCAGAUCUCAGGAAACCUGGACUCACCAGAAGGAGGGUUCGACGCCAUCAUGCAAGUGGCUGUCUGUCCGAAUCAGAUCGGCUGGAGGAAUGUUACCCGUCUGCUUGUGUUUUCCACGGACGCUGGAUUCCACUUCGCUGGAGAUGGAAAACUGGGAGGCAUCGUGCUUCCUAAUGAUGGGAAAUGCCAUCUGCAGGAUAACAUGUACACUAUGAGCCAUUACUAUGACUAUCCUUCGAUUGCACAUCUUGUUCAAAAAUUAAGUGAAAACAACAUUCAGACCAUUUUUGCAGUAACUGAAGAGUUCCAGCCAGUUUACCAGGAGCUGAAAAACCUCAUUCCAAAGUCAGCUGUGGGAACGCUGUCCUCCGACUCUGGCAAUGUGAUAAAACUCAUUAUUGAUGCGUAUAAUUCUCUGUCCUCUGAGAUCAUUUUGGAGAACAGUAGGCUCCCCGAAGGUGUGUCCAUCUCCUACAUCUCCCACUGCAAGAAUGGAGUGAGCGACAAAGGAGAAAACGGACGAAAGUGCUCCAACAUCUCCAUUGGGGAUCAGGUGAUGUUUGAAGUAGCGAUCAUGGCUAAAGGCUGUCCAUCUAAUGGCAAAUCAGAGACUAUAAAGAUCAAGCCGCAGGGCUUCACAGAGGAGGUGGAGAUCGUCCUCAACUUCAUCUGUGAGUGUGCGUGUCAUAAAGAAGGAAUCCCGAACAGCCCAGUGUGUCACUUUGGCAAUGGUACCCUGGAGUGUGGAGCAUGCAGGUGCAAUGAGGGACGUAUCGGCAGAGUUUGUGAAUGCAGUAAAGAUGAGGUCAGAACAGAUGAUCUGGAUGCGAACUGCCGCAUGGAUAACGGGACGGACAUCUGCAACAACAAUGGGGACUGCGUUUGUGGAGCAUGUGAGUGCAAAAAAAGAGACAACCCAGAGGAGAGAUACAGCGGGAAGUUCUGCGAGUGCGACAACUUCAACUGCGACCGCUCCAACAACAAGCUCUGCGGAGGUCAUGGUCGUUGUGAAUGUCGAAAGUGUAUCUGUGAAGCUAACUACACGGGCAGUGCGUGCGACUGCUCUCUGGACACCUCCACCUGUCUGGCCAGUAACAAACAGAUCUGUAACGGUCGGGGCACCUGCGAAUGUGGCACGUGUAAAUGUACCGACUUAAAGUUUCAGGGUCCAACUUGUGAAAUCUGCCCAACCUGCCCCGGAGUUUGUACUGAACACAAGGAUUGCGUUCAGUGCCAAGCAUUUGGUACUGGUGAAAAGAAAGACACGUGUAAAGAACAAUGUAACAAAUUCAUUCUUGUAAAGAAGAAGAAGAAGGAGGAACUUCCUCAGCCCAACGACCAGCCCUACAUCAAUCACUGCAAAGAACGUGAUGCUAAUGACUGCUGGUUCUUCUUCACCUACGCUACUAAGAACGACAGCACCGUUGAGGUCCAUGUGGCGGAGGAACUUGAGUGUCCCUCUGGCCCUGACAUCAUCCCCAUCGUUGCGGGUGUGGUCGCAGGAAUCGUUCUGAUUGGUUUAGCACUUCUGCUCAUCUGGAAGCUUCUCAUGAUUAUUCAUGACCGCAGAGAGUUCGCCAAGUUCGAGAAGGAGAAGAUGAAUGCCAGAUGGGACGCGGGUGAGAACCCCAUUUACAAGAGUGCUGUGACAACGGUGGUCAACCCUAAAUAUGAGGGCAAGUGAUAGACGUACGUGUCCAUCAUCCAGCAAUACUGAAUGCAGAACAAUUCAAGAGGAAUGGAAGAGUUGUAGUUCACUUUGUUUUUUCUUUUUUAAAUCACUUUUUGGCAGUCUGUUUAAUCGAUUAACCUGUGUUUCUAUGCAUUGUUUUGGAACUGUACAGUAUGUAUAAACUUGAGUUUUACUUUUUUAUGCAAUCUUAGACAAUAAUUUCAAUGUUCAGUUUAGAUUUUUAGCCACAGAUCUGUCUUGUUUUUCUGAAUGUUAAAACUGAUCUUGUUGGGUUAGAUGAUGGGUUUUGUAGGUAAGAUGUGGUCAAGUAUGCAUUGAGAAUGUUAUCCAAAAAGACGAGGCACAAUUACUGGACCCACCUGCUUCAGUCCAGUAACUGGUUGACCAUUAGAGUCAGUUUGUGUCUUAUGAUGGUACAGGAAACUUUCUGAACCUGUGUACGGAGUGUCCUGUCACUGGUAUAGUAGGUAGCUGUAGUGGACCACUGUUUUUUGUACACAUGAUGCUUUGAGACCGAAGAUUUGAGACCGUAUUAUAAUGUUUAAGACCUUUCUUUGGUCUGCGAGUCAGGUGGUUUAGUGACCUUCUAUUGUGCACAUUGAUGAGUUUAAUCAAUCUGAAACGGACAGAUUUAGUAUCUUUUUAAUUGCAUCACACAAACAUUUUUUGUAAUUUCAUCUAUCAAGUGUUUGAUUUAAAUGCCUUUGACUUGGCAACAUCAGAGUUGUUUGAAAGAUGUUAGAGGGACAUUUUCAUCAUUGUGCAUGGACCAAUCAACUUUUUAUUAUGAUUAUUAUUAUAAUUGAAAACAUAAGUGUGGAGUCAUUUGAAAAGAUCUUCAGGUUUUAGAUUUGUUUGAAGAAUGAGGAAAUGAAAACUCAGGUCCUGAAUUUCUCUCUAUAACGGAUGCCAAAUAUUUACGUCUACUGUGCAUGAACUAUUUUCCAGAUGUGGACUUCACAUUUGUUUUUGGAAUUUAAUUUGUCCCUUUGUAACAUCAUUGUUCUUAAAUGAGACUGACUUCUCAGAUUAUUGUUGGUAAAGAUCAGUGUUAAAGAAAGAUUACUACUUUUUAUUUUAUUUUAUUUUAUUUUUAUCUCUAAAGCUUUUAAAAGCUUAAUCAUGUUACAUACACACUUUGCAUUUUAAAGUGCCUUUUUAAUUUUUGCAUCAUGCCCACUGUCUUUUGUUUCUAGGAGUUAUUUAUUAAAAUAAACAACCCUAAACACUGGA